CAACCGUUCCCCAGGACGAGCUCUAACCUGCUCACUCGUAGGAACACACACAUCAUGUCAACCCCGAUCCACAGUUCAGCGCCUACGCUCACUCCAUCCUCGGGCCCCACUAUCCCGGACUACGAGUCCGCAGCCUCAGGCAGAACCCCGGACGAGGAUGACCUUGUCAAGAUGGCGCCUUAUCCCUUCGACAACGCGUUUUCAGACGCCGAUGUCGUGUUGCGGGCCGUGGACGGUACGCGUUUCUACCUUCACAAGGCUGUCCUGCGCGUCGAUGUUCUUCGCCGACAUGUUCUCCUUACCGCAACCACCAUCUCCGGGUUCAGAGACCGGCCCCGAUGCUAUACCGACCAUCCCAGUCACGGAGGGCAGUGAACCUCUCGAGCGACUACUACGCAUGUGCUACCCGGUCGACAGGCCUGAGGUGUCUGACUCUGUCCAGACUGUGGCCCCUAUCCUCGGCGCAGCGCUGAAGUACCAGAUGCCCGUGGUCACCAGAUUGAUGACCAAGUCGCUAUCGUCCCAUUGUAGCAUGUCUCCACUCGCCGUAUUCGCCGUUGCGUACCAGCUAGAUCUGGAAGAGAUUGGAGCCAAGGCAAUCCACGAAUUUACUCAUUGGUACACAUUGCCAGUGUGGGCCGAUACAAAUCUUCCAAACAUCCCCACACCUGGCUUCAAGGCACACCUGUGCCGCGCUCAUUCCCUCGAUCAUUAUUCCUCCGACGUGGAUGCUAUCCCGGCCGCUGUCUAUUACCGACUCCUUGAUCAUCAUACUACUACAACAUCGGAAUCGUUACCAUCAGGCGCGGAAGCUGUCGUCAAGCACAUUUUUUCUCGCCCUCACCACCUCGAGAUCCUCCAGGAAGCCGAGACGCCUAUGGGGCGAUUGGCCCAUCCCUUCCACGAUACUGCUCAUGCGAAUACCAUCAUUCGCUCAUCCGACAACGCCGUUUUCCACGUGGAUCGCUAUCUGCUCAGCUUUGCGUCACCGGUCCUUGCCAAAUUGUUUUCUGCACCCGCUACAACGGCAGCAUCUGACUCAGAGAGCUUGCAAGUCAGUUCCGCCACUACGAUGACACAUCAUUUCCCCGAGAACGGUCGGACGCUAUCAACGCUGUUCCAGCUGUCCUACCCCAUGCCUGACCCCGAGCCCAUAG